GUUAAUUGUAAUUGAAUUUAUCUAGAUACACACGAAUGCACAUCUCGUAAUGGGAAAUGUCAAGCUAUGUGUGGAGAAAACGAAAUCGCUACAGACACUGCUUGCUGUAAUGGAUUAAAAUGUUGUGAAAUGCCACUGUGUACUGAUGACACAGACUGUAACUGUAAAACAGAAUGUGAUGGGGUAAUUGAAAGAGAAGAUGUAGAUGGAUCUUGUUGUGAUAAUUUGAAACGUUGUAAGUCUUGUGCUGAUACACUUCAAUGUACAUCUCAUAAUGGGACAUGUCAAGCUUCGUGUGGAGAAAACGAAAUCGCUACAGACACUGCUUGCUGUAAUGGAUUACAAUGUUGUGAAAUGCCGCUGUGUACUAGUGACACAGACUGUAGUUGUAAAACAGAAUGUGAUGGGGUGAUUGAAGGAGUAGAGAGAGCUGGAUCUUGUUGUGAUAAUUUGAAAUGUUGCAAGCCUUGUACUGGAGUUUGUGGGGGGAAUUUUACAGGACUGAUUGGAAGUUUUUCAUCAACAAACUAUCCAUGCAACUAUUCCAUUAAUCAAGACUGCUUUUAUAGCAUUAGCGUAUCUGAUGGUGACAAGAUAAAGCUAACCUUCACAACGUUUUUUCUGGAAGCGUUGGACCAUGAUUAUGUAGAUGUAUAUGACGGAGAAAGUGUUAACGAUCCUUUAUUGCUUCAUCAAACCGGAGGACCACAUGACGGAAUAACAGCGCAAUCGACGUUAAAUAAGAUGUUGGUUCGUUUCAAAUCUGAUUUUGCAGAUGUAUGGCCAGGUUUCAAAGCCAAUUACGAAGCAACCAUUUAAUACAGGUUAGUCUUUCAACAGCACGCUGAAGAGC